AUGUCCGCUUUUCAAGCUCGGCGACUUUCGAGACAAAUAUUUUCCGAAAAGGUCAAUAUUUGGAAGCAUCCCCAAAAGAACCUUCAUCUUCUAUCACUGGCCUCCAAACCCGGGGUAGUGUGCCCUGAUGGCUUCAGCUUAACAUUAUACUCUAGCCCAAGCUUAUUCUCCGGCCAGCCCUUGAUUAUCAACUCUCAUACGUGUUAG